CUCGAUGCAUAUGGUGUGGUGACAUCGUCACGGUCUCGGAGAGUGUCUCCGCUGUCUCGAAAGGCCAGGGCUGUGUUUGUGAGGCGAAUCGUUCAGGUUGAAUGUGUCCAGAGAGGUUCAGAAGUGAUAUUUUCUGACGGCGCACUUUGGCCUACUGCGACAGGCUGCGAGCGGGAAAGUCACGCCAUUCCACCGAUCCGUCGCAGUUUUGCGAUGGCGAUAUAUGAAAUUAGCGAAUGCCGUUAUCGACACAUAGCUGAAGGAUAGAUAUAAUGUCGUCGCGGGACUGGAUGGUCUCCCUAAGGGUGAGAGAGGGUCUGUGGGAACCAGCGUGAUGGACCGGUCGUAGGGAGCAGUCAGAGGCUAUGAGCAGCAACGAGUGUUUUGGUUGCGGCCGCACUGGCCACUGGAUCAAGAACUGUCCAAAUGCUGGACGUGGACGUGGCAAGGGCCGUGGCAGGGGGAAAGAUCUUUUCUGCUAUCGCUGCGGAGAACCGGGCCACGUUGCGCGGGACUGUGAGAGGACUGAGGAUGCGUGCUACAACUGUGGCCGAGGCGGUCACAUCUCCAGGGACUGCAAGGAGCCCAAGAAGGAGCGGGAGCAGGUCUGCUACAACUGCGGUAAAGCCGGUCACAUGGCCCGCGACUGCGACCACGCCAACGAGCAGAAGUGCUACUCCUGCGGCGGCUUCGGACACAUCCAGAAGGGCUGCGAGAAAGUCAAGUGCUACAGGUGCGGCGAGAUCGGACACGUCGCCGUCCAGUGCAGCAAGGCCAGCGAAGUCAACUGCUACAACUGCGGAAAGUCCGGCCACGUGGCGAAAGAAUGCACCAUCGAGGCCACCGCUUAAUCCCGUCUCCUCGCUCGCCCCUCCUUUUUCUGAUUGAUGGUUGUAUUAUUUUCUCUGAAUCCUCUUCACUGGCCAACGGUUGGCAGAUAGAGGCUAUUCCCAGGCCAGUGAGCUCUUGACAUGUAAAAGGAGGAAAGGGGUGGAAAAAAACUUUCCACUUUCUGCAUUUAAUACAAAAAAUGUUUAUGUUUAGUUUGGUAGAGGUGUAAUGUAUAAUGCUUUGUUAAAGAACCCCCUUUCCAUGCCACUGGUGAACAGGGAUGUUGAGUGAAGAACGUUAGUCGGCUAGGCCUCGAGAGGCUCGUGGAACGCGGCCUCGGAGAGAUCGGAAAAAAAACAAAACAAACGACGGUAAAAAAUAACCACACAGAUCAGGGAAGCGCCGAACGCUUCUGAAUGAUUUGCAAUUUUUUGUUUUCUCAAUGAGACUGAGGUAGCCUACGAGUGAUUGAGCAGCACAGGACACACACGGUCGGCUCUGUCCAGGCCGGACCAGCAGUACGCAGCUAUGUGGAGAAAAAAAAAAAAAACGUAACGUUUAAUAUAAAGCAGACAACUUUAUAGCAUAUUCAGAAAGUGAUAACCUUUGUAAAACAUGUUUGGCUGUUUGGUCGUUCAGGAAAACAUAGUUCAUGAUCCCGAACGAUGCGGAUGGAGUUUAGGUCGUUCUACCCAAGGUGAAAACUUCAGUAAAAUAACAAUGAAAGAAGAAGAAGAAGAAGAAGAAAAAAAAGGGGUCAUAAAACAGAUUCGGAGUUAGAAGAAAGGUGAAUGUUUUCACAGAAAUCAAAAUGUUAUUUUUGUACAAUAUCACUUAGACUACUCUAAAAAUAAUAAUAAUAAAAAAACUAUCAUUUGCUUGUACUCAGUUUUUAAGUCGGAAGGUAAAUGCAACUGAAGUUCUAGGACAUAGAAAUGUAAUUUUAAACUAUCAAUAAAUCUGGAGGAGGAAGGGGUGUACAGACUGAA